AUGGCAAUGAAGAACAAUGGUUUCAAACAGUGCAACUCAGAUCAUACUCUAUUCUUGAAACAUCGGAAAAGGAAGGUAACAUCAUUAAUAAUCUAUGUUGAUGAUAUGAUUAUUACUAGGAAUGAUAAACAAGAAAUAUCACAGCUACAAGACUAUUUGGCUAUUGAGUUUGAGAUGAAUGAUCUAGGUGGACUCAAGUAUUUCUUGGGAAUUGAGGUGGCUCAAUCGCAGCAAGGCAUAUUUCUCUCUCAAAUGAAAUAUGUCUUGGACUUGUUGACAGACACAGGAAUGCUAGAUUGCAAACCUGCAGACACUCCUAUUGUUUAG